CAGAACAGAAAUGGCGCUAGAAAUACCCUUAUUGGUGUUUUUAGCUGUUAUGCUAUCUCGAUCUUUUGCUUUGGAAGAAAAUUUCAUGGAUAGGAAUUGCGGGUACAAGCUUACGCUGCAGACCACUGGUUCGGCAAUAUUAAAACUGACGGACUCAAAGCGUUACUCUGCCAACAUGGACUGCACCAUGGUUAUAGGUGCUCCGACAAAUCAGAGGCUGCUGGUCCGAUUUCUUAAAAUGAAUAUACAUUCGGUAUCCGGUUCGUGCAAUGACUGGAUACAGCUGUACGACGGCGGAGACGUCGUUGGUACAGAUCUUGAAAAAACAGGUCGCCUGUGUGGAACUACUGAACCUAAAGAAUCUUAUGUGUCAAUCGGAAGGGCAAUGACUUUGACAUUUUAUAGUGACGAUUUUAACAACGAUGGUGGAUUUAAGUUGCUGUAUACUACCUUUUACAUGGAGCCGUGUAAAGGAUCUGACUUCAAGUGUGACAACGGCCGCUGCAUCGCCGGUGCCCUACAGUGUACAAAGUACGACCACUGUGGCGACGGCUCCAACCUCUGUCCUGUAGUUACGUGGAUCGUCAUCGGCUGCGUCGCAGGCGUUGUUGCCAUCGCGGCGAUUGUCCUGGUGAUUGUGUUCAUUAAAAAACGCCAAAAACAGAAGCGUAUCGCUCAUAGUGGUCCCGCUCAUGGUGGUCCCGCCGCCCAUUCCAUUCCACAUAAACGCAAACACCAACGCCAUAAAUAACCAGCUUGUACAGGACAGCCGGCUCAACCAGCUCAUACAGAAAACUCUACUCAAACAGCUCCUACAGAAAACUCUACUCAACCAACGCCUACAGGAAACUCUACUCAACCAGCUCCUUCUGAUGACUAAAGUCACCAAUGCCUCAGCCAUAAAAUGAGAAACCGGUGGAAUACCAACUUUAAUACAUGGCUUAAACCAUAAUCAGAUUUACCUGGGGUUGUUUAGGGUUGUUGUUUUUCGUUUGGUUUUUUUUAAUCGACUUACACUCGUUAUACGUCAUCCGCUAUAUUUUCUUUCAAUAUUCUGCCUUCUGCCAGUUUCAAUCAGUAAAUAAUCAUUAUUAGUUUUGGAGUGGCUGUAAAUAAUGCGAAGUUUUUCAAGUACAGAAAAUAAUUUUCACAUCCAUGUUCUGUUUUAAGUAUCCUGCAGGAAAUGCAUUGUGGAUAGUUUAGGUUAGUUUGUUAGUAUUUAUAUCUCAGUCGUUCAGAAACAGUAACGACUGAAAGCUCUUUCAUUUAAAUGUUUUUUUGUUUAGCCAGUCAUUUAUCUGGGCCUAAUUUGUUUUGAGUACCUGUUGAACACGUUCACUUAUCAUAACUCUGUAUAAUAUUACUCAUAUUUUGAUGUCUUUCCAGAGAUAACGUGGCCCAAAUACUUAGCAUUCUAAUUUUUAUUUUCAUACCUAAUGGAAAAACUCAUACAUCCCUUUAAAACAUGAGCAGUGUUGUAUUCUUUCUCAUCUACAAUAUAUUUCUUAAGAAAUUUAACUAUAUUUGUUCAAAGUUUUGAUUAUUACCAACGCUUCCAAUUUCUCAAGAAUAUAGAAGGAUGUGGACAAUAAUACUACCACAAUUUCAUAACUGAAUAUAGGUAAAUUUAGAUUCCUUUUUCUAGUAUUCAGUAUAGUCAAUCCGCUAGACUAUGGUGUUGUUAUUGGCUUGCUCUCUCUCUCUCUCUCUCUCUCUCUCUCUCUCUCUCUCUCUCUCUCUCUCUCUCUCUCUCUCUCUCUCUCUUUCCUUGGACAAAUGAUCCAUAUUUAUGGCUAUCGACAAUAUCUAAUUUUAUAGUUUUGAUGUAGAAAGACUUUAUUUUCUGGUUUUGAGCUAAAGAUAACUAUGUUUGACUUCUCAAUAUUUAUGUUUAGUUUCCAAUUACCGUUGUAUUCUGAACACGUAGUGAUUUUUCUAAGUUGUCCGAAGAUAUUUGCAUCAUCAGCAUAACGUAGCAUUGUAAUUAUAAUAAAGUAUUAUAUUCGUAUUCUAAUUUAAUCCAUUUUCAUUGUUGAAAUAUAGAGCGAAUAAUAUUGAUGGAAUAUUGUCGCCUUGACGUACACAAUUUUGGCCUGAAAACAAAAUUGCAUAAUAUUCGUUAUUUUGACCAACACGUAAUUUUAUACAUUGAUGCAUAUUAUAAACGAUUUUCAGAAAUUUACCGUUUACAUAUUAUAGUUUUUGUGAAGAUUCCAGAAAUAUAUUAUUCAUUUGUUUUCCAAAACAGCGUAUAAUAAUAAUUCGUUGGUUUGAUUCGGGUUCUCUCAGAUUACCUUUCUUUUUAUAUAUUGAUUUGAUAAUACCUGCUGACCAGACGUUAUCGGGCAAUAUGCUACAGUUAACAAUAAGGUUCAGGCAAUGUACUCCUCUGCGAAAUCGCGGAAUUCCGAGAAAAAAAGAAAAAAAAAAGAAAAAAGCGAUUACAUGAAAUUUAAAAAAAAAAAAAAAUUGCUUGUUCUGUUCUGUAUGUGUGAAUGCGUGUAGUGUCGGUGCACCAGGCCAAAAGAGAGGAAGAGGAAUAGCUGGGGUAAUAAACAGAAUAACAAAUUCGGUACCAGUUAUUAUCAAAUUUAUGUCCUCGUGAAAUAAUUUUCACCUGUCACUCGCUAAAGCUCGUGAUCAGUGAAAAUUAUUUCACGAUAUUACCUCGAGACGAAAAAAGAAUGGAAACUGGUGAUCUACAUUGUAAAAUACCCUUUACCUACUUUUAUUUUAUUUUCUGUAAAUUACGUAUGUGUUAUUUUAAUAUAAUAUAAAUAGCGAACUAUUUUCAUUCACCAAAUUCUCCGAUGUUAGUCUUCCACAUUUAAAUUUGUCAAACGUGUCUGUAACUGAAUGACGUCAAUCGAUAGGAAGAGUCCAUCAUGGGGUAACGAAAUUGAAAGUAAAUUUUCUAAACUAGUUAUAUGAAAAAUACUAUUGUGUAUUUGAACCAAUUUUUAUUUAUAUAGACGCAAAAACAACAACAACAUAAUACUUUAAAGUGAAAGCAAUACCAAUAAACCACUUGUAAGAUAAAAGAACAUAACAAAAUUUCAAAUACCCUGCAAUAUGAAACAAAAUGAAUGAAUGAAUGAAUGUUUAACGACACUCCAGCACGAAAAAUACAUCGGCUAUUGGGUGUCAGCAAUAUGAAACGGUUUGAAAUGUAAACUUGUAAACAUUUUUGUCGAUCAAACAGAUUUGGAUAUAUUCGUUCUUAUUUAAUUUUAUUGUGCUACGUUACUAAUUCAUAUUAAAACAAAUUUGUGUGAUAAUGGUUGUGAAUUUCAAAUCUACAGCCUGUCAUGUCGAAGGUAGGUGUCAUUUGAGUAAUUUUGUUGAUGCUGGGAGGUGUGUUUGAAAACUCUGAGAGGCCAUGAUCGGGUAAACGGGGUCGCUUGUCGCGUUUUUAAUUUGGGGGUUUACAAUAUGAUUUUUCACUGGUGGGUGCAUUUAAGGGAUCAAUAUUUUCAUCAAUUUGUUGUAGAAUUUUUGAAUAUUUGCGUUUUGUUGGCAAACCGUGAGUUAUCGGUGUUGUCUGCUGUCGGUGACUACAUUCUCGAUCAGCUGAUUUCGUUCAACGAUUGUUAUUUGAAAUUCUGCUUGAAGAGGCCAAUGCAGCAAGUGUUGCUAUAUCGUCUGGGGAGUAUUCUGCAGGGUCAUUUUCUGGUCCAAAUAUUGUUUCCAAUUCAUCCAAAUUAAACGACUCGGCGUCUUCUAUGGGUACAUCCAGUGACACUUCACCGCGUAUGAAUACACGUAAACAACGUUACAGUAGGUACAUUGACUUUCGGAGGUGGUAUAUCGUAAUGCUUGACUUCUUACAGAUAUACCGGCCUCGGUGGCGUCGUGGCAGGCCAUCGGUCUACAGGCUGGUAGGUACUGGGUUCGGAUCCCAGUCGAGGCAUGGGAUAUUUAAUCUAGAUACCGACUCCAAACCCUGAGUGAGUGC